CGCCCCGCGCUGAGUCGCCGUCUCCGCGCCCCUCCGCCGCCGCCGCCGCCGCCGCCGCCGCCGCCGCCGCGAUGCCGCUGGAGAACCUGGAGGAGGAGGGUCUGCCCAAGAACCCCGACCUGCGCAUCGCGCAGCUGCGCUUCCUGCUCAGCCUGCCCGAGCACCGGGGCGACGCGGCCGUGCGCGACGAGCUGAUGGCGGCCGUGCGCGAGAACAACAUGGCCCCUUACUACGAGGCCCUGAGCAAGUCCCUGGACUGGCCCCUGGACCUGGACCUGCUGGGCAAGAUGAGGAAGGCCAACGAGGAGGAGCUGCAGCGCCUGGACGAGGAGCUGGAGGACGCCGAGAAGAACCUGGGCGAGAGCGAGAUCCGGGAUGCCAUGAUGGCCAAGGCCGAGUACCUCUGCAGGAUCGGCGACAAGGAAGGCGCGCUGACAGCCUUUCGCAAGACAUACGACAAAACUGUGGCCUUGGGUCACCGUCUGGAUAUUGUCUUCUAUCUCCUUAGGAUUGGUUUAUUUUAUAUGGAUAAUGAUCUCAUCACAAGAAACACGGAAAAGGCGAAAAGCUUAAUAGAAGAAGGAGGAGACUGGGACAGGAGGAAUCGCCUAAAGGUAUAUCAGGGUCUUUAUUGUGUGGCCAUCCGGGAUUUCAAACAAGCAGCGGAACUCUUCCUGGACACUGUCUCCACAUUCACAUCCUAUGAACUGAUGGAUUAUAAAACCUUUGUGACAUAUACUGUCUAUGUUAGCAUGAUCGCCUUAGAGAGACCAGAUCUCAGGGAAAAGGUUAUUAAAGGAGCAGAGAUUCUUGAAGUGUUGCAUAGUCUUCCAGCCGUUCGACAGUAUCUUUUCUCACUCUACGAGUGUCGCUAUUCCGUUUUCUUUCAGUCAUUAGCUGUUGUGGAACAGGAAAUGAAAAAGGACUGGCUUUUUGCUCCUCACUACCGAUACUAUGUAAGAGAAAUGAGAAUUCAUGCAUACAGCCAGUUGCUGGAAUCAUACAGGUCAUUAACCCUUGGCUAUAUGGCAGAAGCCUUUGGUGUUGGUGUGGAAUUUAUUGAUCAGGAACUCUCCAGAUUUAUUGCUGCGGGGCGACUACAUUGCAAAAUAGAUAAAGUGAAUGAAAUAGUGGAAACCAACAGACCUGAUAGCAAGAACUGGCAGUACCAAGAAACUAUCAAGAAAGGAGAUCUACUACUAAACAGAGUUCAAAAACUUUCCAGAGUAAUUAAUAUGUAAAACCAUGUAAACAAAGGAUUUUAUUUGGAAUUUUUAUAACUUCACUUAUGUGCUCAAUACAACUGUAUAAUAAAUAGUGCGUUGCUUUUCUUUUGA